AUGUGCAUGACGUCACGCCUGAGUGCUCGGAAAGAGUGCGCCAUAUUGAAUUGGGAAAAUAGCGACUGAAUAAAAUCUAGUAUCAUCCAUGUCGAAUAUAAUGAAAUUUGCAAUGUAAGGAGAUGUAAAUGGGAUUGAAUGAGGUGUCUUGUCUUAUUUAUCAACUUAGUAUUUGCUUAUCAUGGCAGGAAAUGGUGGAGAUAUUCAAUGGUGCUUCUCGCAAGUGAAGGGUGCCAUAGAAACUGAAGAUGUCACUGAAGCUGAUAUAAUUUCCUGUGUGGAGUUCAACAGCACGGGUGAUUUACUAGCAACAGGAGAUAAAGGGGGACGUGUCGUCAUCUUCCAACGAGAUAAAGCCGGAAAAAUUGCCAUACCACCACGAGGAGAGUACAAUGUAUACAGUACAUUUCAAAGUCAUGAGCCUGAGUUUGACUACCUCAAAAGUUUAGAGAUUGAAGAGAAGAUAAACAAGAUACGAUGGUUAAAGAGAUCUAAUCCAGCCAAUUUUUUACUGUCCACUAAUGAUAAGACCAUCAAGUUGUGGAAGGUGACAGAAAGAGACAAGCGACCUGAGGGGUAUAACCUGAAGGAUGAGUCAGGGCUGAUGAGGGACCCCAAUAAUGUGACCAGCCUGAGGGUGCCCAGUUUUAAACCCAUGGAGCUGAUGGUGGAGGCCAGUCCCCGCCGAAUCUUUGCCAAUGCCCACACUUACCACAUCAACUCAAUCUCUGUGAACAGCGAUCAGGAAACAUACCUGUCAGCGGAUGACCUCCGUAUUAACCUUUGGCAUUUAGAAGUCACAGACCAAAGCUUCAAUAUUGUGGACAUAAAACCUGCCAACAUGGAGGAGCUAACGGAAGUGAUAACUGCUGCUGAAUUUCAUCCCCAUGAAUGUAACUUAUUUGUCUACAGCAGUAGUAAGGGCACUAUACGCCUUUGUGAUAUGAGAGAGCAGGCAUUAUGUGAUAAACAUGCUAAAUUGUUUGAGGAGCCAGAAGACCCCACCAAUAGGAGUUUUUUUUCUGAGAUUAUAUCUAGUAUAUCGGAUGUGAAGUUUAGUCAUAAUGGACGUUAUAUGGUGACACGAGACUACUUGUCCAUCAAAGUCUGGGACUUGCUGAUGGAAACAAAGCCAAUAGAAACGUAUCAAGUUCAUGAGUACCUCAGGAGUAAAUUAUGUUCUCUGUAUGAAAAUGACUGUAUAUUUGACAAAUUCGAAUGUUCAUGGAGUGGAGAUGAUAGGCACAUUAUGACAGGAUCUUACAAUAAUUUCUUUAGAAUGUUUGAUCGUGAAGCCAAAAGGGACACAACUCUGGAAGCGUGUAGAGAAAACAUGAAACCACGAACAAUUUUAAAACCCCGUAAAGUGUGUACCGGUGGCAAACGUAAGAAAGAGGAGAUAAAUGUUGACUGUCUAGAUUUCAAUAAAAAGAUUCUCCACACAGCCUGGCAUCCCCUAGAGAACAUCCUAGCUGUAGCAGCUACCAAUAACCUAUAUAUCUUCCAGAGUAAAGAUUAACGCAAUGAAUAUUAGGAUAAUUUAACAAAUUGCUGGCAUGGUGGUGCACCUGGAAGGUUAGCAGUUUCUUCUAAUGACACUUGUGAAACAGUGAACUGGUGAAAAUCAGCUUAGCAAUAUUUUUGUACAAAUUUUUAGUUGAGACAUGGAUGGUGGAAAAGAAAUAUUUUCUGCAACAUGAAUUGUACAAGUUGCAUAAUUCAUCACUAGUGCUAUAAACUUCCAAGUGGUAAUUACCAUGUAUAACUGUGUUGAUGCAUCUGUUCUAGUUGACCAAAGCCUUCCUAUGUAUGUCUGUACUGGUGCAUUUUUGUAUUGCAUUGCAAAUGUUAGGCCUGUCAAUUUGUGGUUAGUUAUCAUUUCUAGUCACUGUCCCUCUACUAAGCCUAACGCGGACAUUUUCUGGAUACACGUGAAGUAGGUGCAAUAGAUGCCAUGAAGUUGUAAUUAAAGGAGAUGAUGCAAAUUUACAUAAACAUUCCUAAAUAUUGUAACUGCAUUUAUAAACUUGCCAACUGGUGUUUAUUUUUCCUAAAGUGCUAAAGUAAAAUUUAUUUGCUCAUUGAUGCUCAAUAUGUAUUAAAAGUGCUGGCAUUCUUCUGAUAUAAAAUAAUUUUGUUUAUUUGGGAAUACAAAUGUAACGGAGGUGAAUUUGAUAUCCAUUAAAGUUAAACUGAUACACCUGAAAACUACCAUUCCACAGAGAGAUGCAAUCAAUUAAAGGUUUUUGUCCUCCAACAUAGAACAUGUUAACUUGUGAUCAAAAUACUCCUUAUUCUUAAUUGAUCAAUUUCUGUUUUUUGUAUGAAGAAAAGUUGAUGUGGUUAAUCAAAUUGUAAUGAGAGAAUUGGUUGCUGUAAAUUAUAUGUGUUCUGACUUUGUCCUGUUUUAGUACAAUUAUGACAGUAAUGUCAGGUUAUCUGAUGACCUGAAGAAAUGUUAUUCAAUAUUAAACUAUUGUUAUUAAAUGA